AGUUAAAUCCCACAAGAGUAGGGUCUGGGGAGGGUGUGUGUACGCAGACCUUACCCCUACUCGAAAGUAGAGAGGCUGUUUCCAAAGAGACCCCCGGCUCAACGUCGAAAGUUGCAUUGCUUGACUAACUGCUACUUCAUUAAUUAAAGAAGCGCAGACAGUUUAGAGAUCCAUUUUGAUUUAUUCCAUCACACCCCAAAGCCAAAAAAAUGGUGAAAAUUUGGCUCCAUCGGAGAUGAUGGAAAGCCCCCCCCCCCGGUACAGGAGCUAUAUUGAUAGGGCAGUAUAAGGACAAGGCAUAUGAUAAACCCCCAAGGGAAGUCAUUGCGGGACGUCGGAAGCAAGAGGUUGAAGAAAGUUGAAGCAGGGAAGACUGGAAGAUGGAGGGGAGCAGAAGAAAUACCUGUGGAAGAAGGGGUGAAUUUGGGGACCAGGGCGGAAACGAAGCCAUACAAAAUCCAACGGCUCUGGAUCCUCAAAGAUUAUGCCCGUUUAACGUCGCCCAGUGAGGUGAAGGAUAAACAAAGGAAACAAAGUACCCCAUUGGAAAUGGCAGCUUCAGUCCUCUCUACUGCCGGCGUUAUCGGCCGCGCCGCCCAAGCCACCGCGCUCCCGCCCUUCACCGGCCUCAAGUCCUCCGCCGCCUUCCCCAUCUCCAAGAAGUCCGCCGCCGACUCCGCUUCCUUGGCCACCAACGGUCUCAGAGUACAGUGUAUGAAGGUGUGGCCACCGGCGGAAAACAAGAAGUUUGAGACAUUGUCAUACCUCCCAGACUUGACCGACGAGCAGUUGUAUAAACAAGUGGAGUACCUCCUCAGGAAUCAAUGGAUCCCUUGCCUGGAAUUCGAGUUGGAGAAUCCAUUCGUGCAACGCGAAAACCACAGGUCACCGGGAUACUAUGACGGGCGAUACUGGACGUUGUGGAAGUUGCCGAUGUUCGGGUGCACGGAACCGGGGCAGGUGCUGGCGGAGCUGGAGGAGUGCAAGAAGAGUUACCCCAAUGCUUGGAUUCGCCUCCUCGGCUUCGACAACCAGCGCCAGACCCAGUGCGUCUGCGUCAUGGCCCAUAAGCCCGCCUCUUCCUCUUCUUCUCCUUCUUAAUACAGUCCAUGAUCAUAUACAUAUCCAUAUAUCUAUAUAUUGUCUAUUGGGAACCCACUUGUCGUGGGAAUAUAACUUGUUGUUGUUGUAAUGCUGUUUUUGUGGGAAUAUAUAGGCUUCAGGCCUUUGUUUCUGUUUUUGUCAUUGCUUUGUAAGAUUAUUAUGGCACUUGGGCAAUUCAAUAACCAAGAAGACAAUAAAAAACACCUUAAUAAUGAUCUUCUUUAAUG